AAUUUUGACCUAUUUCUUUGGAUAACAUAACGGUAAACUUGACAAGGGUGACGCAGGGUGGAUUAAAGUAUGAAAAGGGCUCUAUGUAUAAAAAAGCUGCGUCCGAUGUUAGAAGAAGUGGCAUACCUCUGGCAAGGUAAAAGGUCUUACUAUGAACACAAGGUGUCUGACCAGGCUAGACCAGGUGUACAUAUAGUGGAUCUACGCAGCGACACGGUGACGAAGCCGUCACCUGGAAUGAGGAAUGCAAUGGCUACUGCAGAGGUUGGUGAUGAUGUCAUGGGAGAGGAUCCAACAGUCAAUGCUUUACAGAACAGAAUAGCUAAACUCUUCGAUAAAGAAGCUGCUUUAUUUGUACCAACUGGUACAAUGGGUAAUCUCAUAUCAGUUCUCACUCACUGCCCAGAGAGAGGCUUAGAAGUUGUCCUUGGCCACAAAAGUCACAUCUUUGUCCAUGAGCAAGGGAAUAUAGCCCAAUUUGGGGGCUUACUGACCUCUACAGUAGAAAACAAUGAUGAUGGGACGAUGGACCUGGAGAAGAUGAAGGAGCGGAUAAGGCUGAGCGAUGACCCUCACUUCCCCUACACCAGACUGAUCUGUGUAGAAAACACACACAACUAUUGCGGAGGGAAAGUUAUUCCAGUGCCCUACAUGAGAAAGGUGUAUGAUAUAGCACAAGAAUGUGGUAUAAAGGUACACUUGGAUGGAGCUAGACUGAUGCAUGCUGCCGUGGCUCUGGGUGUACAGGCAUCGGACAUCACCCGCUGUGUCGACUCCGUCAACAUGUGCUUUUCCAAGGGGCUUGGUUGUCCAGUAGGCUCGAUUAUAGCAGGAACAGAGGACUUUAUUCGAAUAGCUAAGCGACGUAGGAAGGCCCUUGGGGGUGGGAUGCGACAAGCAGGGGUGCUGGCUGCAGCCGCCAUGUAUUCACUUGACCACGUCUUGCCAAAGCUUUCAGAGGAACAUGACAAGACUCUGCAGAUCACUCAGGCAAUAAUGUCAGCUCCCCAGACAGUUGUAACUGUUGACUGUCAGACAGUGAAAACCAACAUAGUGUUCCUGACAGUGACCAAACCAGGACUGACGGCCACACAGCUGUAUGACCGUCUGCUGCAGGUGACAGAGAAAGAGGAGAAAGAUAUAGGAGAAAGCAUCGUCGUGAAGACCGUUCCAUACUCAGACACACUGCUUAGAUUUGUUUUACAUUGUGAUAUCUCAUCUCAGGAUGUUCAAAAAGCCAUAAGAAAAUUCUCUUAUGUCCUGUGUGAACUAUCUUAAAUUACCCAUUUUAAGUUCAAGUUCUCUUAUUAGUCAAUGAUUAUAGAACUGGUUUAUUAAGGGUGAAAUUUGAAAAUUUAUAUAUAAUAUAAUAUAACAUAAUAUUCAUGAGGUUUUUGCAUGAAUCAGCAGAAAAUCAACCUCACAUGAAUCUUUUGAUAAAGAGUAUUAUAAUUACAGACACCUGAAAUUUUAAACUUUUCUCUUCAUGAAAAAAAUCCUUGUUAUUAUUUGGUACAAGGGAUUUUUUCCAUUAAGAGGAAAGUUUAAAAUGUCAGGUGCCUGUGAUUUCAAUAAAUAAAAUUUAAAUAUUGAUGUAAAAAUUGAAAAUCAAAUACAUUUGUUGUUAAAAAAUAUGUGCAAAAUUAGUGCAAGGAAAUACAUGUAUAACAUGAACUUUAUUCUUAUAUGAUUUCAUUCAAUCUGUUAUAAAAGAGAAAAUUUCAUUAUUAACUUCCAUCAUCAACAAAAAUAAGUAUUCUAUAUAUUGUAGAUAUACUAUCCCUGCAGAUAAUGUGCCAAAUAUUUUAUGGGGGAUUCUACAUUGAGUAAGAUUUACUUUGUUUCAGGAUUGUAUUUGGAGCAUUUUCUGUUCUUGAUUCAUGUUUCAAAAGACUGAACUGUUGGUUUCUCAUGUUUUUGGGGGGUUUAUGUUUGUUUCAUUAUAUUACCUUCUUCUUUACACAGGAUAUAUGGUUGGAAAUAACAAUGUUCAUGUUAACCUAGAAAGUAUUCUAUGAGAACCGUUUUGUUAUUUGCAUUGUAGAUUUAUACCAGUCAGUAUAUCACAUAUCAGUAUUUUGUACUGUAAACAUAACGGUAGUUGAUGUAUGGUUAUUUAUCGACACAGUUUUAGCUCACUGAGACAAAAUUAGGGGGAGCUUAUGCAUUAUAUCCUUAGUAACUUGUGACAUGAGAUUUGAUUGGCUAAUGAGCCAGGUGUAAAUUUUCGUACUCUCAACUUGAGCUGGGCUGGGGGUAUAUAACAUGACAUCACAAUGCAUUAAAUGUGAAGUCUUUUUUAAAAACAAUAAAAUAUUAAAUGCUUUCUUUGCUGAUUCAUAUAGUAUAUGAAGGUGGUGACAUUGCAGAAAAAAAAUUACAUAACUAGUUUUAUCAAGUUACAGUUAUAAUAAUAUAUUUGUAUUAUUAUAAUAUGAUAUUGUUGUAUAAUAUGAUAUUGUAUCAUAUUAUAUUAUGUUGUAUCAUAAUCCUAUCAUAAUGUUUGAUUUGAGUAUCAAAUGAUAAUAAUUGUAUCUAAUGAUAUUGUAUCAUGUUGAUAUAUAUAUUACAUGUAGAUUGUUGUAUCAUUUGAUAUUGUACAGUAUCAUUUGAUACAAAAUAUGAUACAAUAUGAAUCAUAUAAAACACAAACUUGUAUUGUAUAAUACAUUAUUAUUCAUAUACCGUACGAUAAAAUGAUACAAUAAAUAUAAUUUUAUAUAAUUUUAAAAACAAUAUCAUUUCUUUUGAUAAUAUAUCAUUUAAAAAGACCUCAAAUUUUAUGAUACGAUAGUAUUUCCUAUGAUACAAUAUUAUAUGAUACAAUAGCAUUUUAUUAUGCAAUAUAUAUAAAGAAGAUAUUUUAACAUUUAAUACUGUAUCAUGUAUAUGAUACUGUUACGAUAUUAUUUCAUGAUAUCAUAUCAAAUAAUUUUUUUAUUUCAUGAUAUGAUAUGAUAUGAUAUUGUGUCAAACCAUGCCACGAUAUCUGAUUUUUUGAUAUAAGAGAUCAUUAACUAUGAUUUUCAUAUAGACCAAUCCACACUUUACAAAAGUUAUGUCCCUUGUCCGCCAUCUUUGGGGAAACACCCAUAUAUUUCUCACAGUAGCCUUUGUAGUUUAGAGGGGUAUAACUUCGUCAAAUGACAUUAGAAAUCUGUUUCCGCUGUGAAUUUUAUUGCCCCAAGUUGGGGCAACCCACACAUCAAAGGAAUGAAUUAAAUUCCAAGAGAUUUCUUCACAGGACGUCCAAAUAUUUGGUUGCAUAAAGAAGGGAAAAGUUGUUUUUUCCCUUUUGACCUUUGGGUUGACCCCGCAAAUGAAACAACUUUUGCAAAGUGUGGAUUGGACUUAUGAUCAAAGUGUUCUCAAAAAGGUGAUACAUUGUCUUGGUGAGCUUUUUAACCUGUGAUUUGUUGUAAUCAGGUACUGUCAAUAUUCCAUUUAAUUGAAAUUAUUUUCAGUAAAAUAAAAUAUUUUAUUUUCAUUAAUUAUG